AUGUCAAACAUGUUGGACAUGUCAGCAUGUUCAACAUGUCAAACAUGUCAACAUGUCAAACAUGUCAAACAUGUCAAACAUGUCAAACAUGUCAACAUGCCCAACAUGUCAAACAUGUCAAACAUGUCAACAUGCCCAACAUGUCAACAUGUCAAACAUGUCAACAUGUCAACAUGUCAAACAUGUCAAACAUGUCAAACAUGUCAAACAUGUCAACAUGCCCAACAUGUCAACAUGUCAAACAUGUCAACAUGUCAAACAUGUCAAACAUGUCAAACAUGUCAAACAUGUCAACAUGCCCAACAUGUCAACAUGUCAAACAUGUCAACAUGUCAAACAUGUCAAACAUGUCAAACAUGUCAAACAUGUCAACAUGCCCAACAUGUCAACAUGUCAAACAUGUCAACAUGUCAAACAUGUCAAACAUGUCAAACAUGUCAAACAUGUCAACAUGCCCAACAUGUCAACAUGUCAAACAUGUCAACAUGCCCAAACAUGUCAACAUGCCCAAUGUCAACAUGUCCAACAUGUCCAACAUGUCAGCAUGUUCAACAUGUCAACGCUUUUAUUACACUCAACAUGUCAAACAUGUCAACAUGUCAAACAUGUCAAACAUGUCAAACAUGUCAACAUGCCCAACAUGUCAACAUGUCAAACAUGUCAACAUGUCGAACAUGUCAACGCUUUUAUUACACGAUUUAUGAACACUAA